AUGUCCCGCGCCGGGAGCGCGGCAGUGCUGGCAGGUGGCCUGGUCCUCGGGGUGGCGUCCGUGGCAUCGUACCUGGUGAAGAGGGCGUACGCUCCCGUGAGCCGCUCCAUCGCCUUCCAGGCCUUCCCCGGGAAGCGAUACCGGCCAGCGGCUGCAGCAGUGGGUGCACCCUCGGGGCAUCUAGAGGUCCUCCCAAGCCAGUACCCUCGGGUGCGGCGGGAUGACACCGAAGAAACCCUGCAUGGCGUCAUCAUCCAGGACCCCUACAGAUGGCUGGAGGACGCUGACUCUCCCGAUGUUGCAGAAUUCGUGGAGGAGCAGAAUGUGCUGACGCAGAGCGUACUGGACCAGUGCACCACCCGCCCCGCCUUCUCCAAGCUGCUUGAGAAACUGAUGGACUACGAAAAGUUUGGGACGCCCUUUAAGAAGGGCCAGCGAUACUACUACACGCAUAAUACCGGCCUGCAGGCCCAGAGCGUAGUGUACAGCCAGUCCUCGCUGGAUGGCGAGCCCGUGGUGCUCAUCGACCCCAACACCCUCAGCGCCGACGGCACGGUCGCGCUCAGCUCCUGGGCCUUCAGCGAGGACGGCUCGACGCUGGCCUACGCCCUCUCCUCCGGCGGCUCCGACUGGCAGACCGUGCACGUGCUGGGGACCGCGCGCGCCGACAACCAGGAGCUGGCCUACCACGUGCUCGGAGAUGACCAGGCGUGGGACGUGACGAUCCUGGCCCUGCCAGAGCACCCCGACUGGAUGAUCGGGUGCGAGGUGAGCGACGAUGGGGGGCGCGCCAUCCUCUCCAUCUCCUCCGGCUGCGAGCCCGUGAACCGCGUCUGGAUCCUGGACCUGAAUGCGGUGGGGCGCAGGGCCGACGGUGCCCUGGACUUUUCCCCCUUUGCGCACGGCGCCGCUGGCAGCCGGGAGCUGCCCCUGAACAAGCUCGUGGACGAGUUCAAGGCGUCGUACGAGUACGUGGGCUCGCGCGGCUCGGAGUGGACCUUCCUGACCAACGCCGGGGCGCCGCGGUAUCGCGUGGUACGCACCGACAUCUCGGCGCCGGCGCCCGCCUGGACCAACGUGGUGCCGCAGCACGAGGCAGACUUGCUGCAGUGGGUCAGGUUACUGGGUGGUGGGAAGCUGGUGUGCAGCUACCUACGCAACGUGCAGGCCCACGUGGAGACCCGCGACUUUGAGACGGGGCGGUGGCUGGCCGACGUGCAGCUGCCUGGCAUCGGCAGCGUCACCGGCUUCUCCGGCGACCACAAGGCCACGGAGGGCGACGUGGCGGCGUCAGACUCUGACAUCACCCUGCAUCGCCGCAUCGCCACCGCCAGCUUCUCCCCUGACGACUUCCAGACCCGCCAGAUCUUUGGCACGUCCAAGGAUGGGACCCGGGUGCCCAUGUUUGUGGUCAGCCGGAAGGGAUUGACCCUGGACGGCACAGCCCCCACCCUGCUGUACGGGUACGGCGGCUUCAACAUCAGCCUGACGCCCUCCUUCUCUGCAUCCCGGCUCGCGUGGAUGCUGGCUUACGGGGGCGUGACAGUGGUCGCCAACCUGCGCGGCGGUGGCGAGUUUGGCACCGGCUGGCGUGACGCGGGGUCCCUGUCGCACAAGCAGAACGUGUUUGACGAUUUCGUGGCCUGCGCGGAGGAACUCGUUGCCCAGCGCUACUGCUCGCCGGCCAGCCUCGUCAUCCAGGGUGGCAGCAACGGCGGCCUCCUGGUGGCUGCCUGCGCCGAGCAGCGGCCAGACCUGUUUGCCGCAGUCCUGGGUCAAGUGGGGGUCAUGGACCUUCUUCGCUUCCACAAGUUCACCAUUGGGCACGCCUGGAUCACCGAUUACGGCAACCCCGACGUGGCCGAGGACUUCAACUGGCUCCUGCCCCUGUCCCCCUUGCACAACGUCGCCCGGCCCAAGGACGACGGCCAGUACCCCGCGUUUUUGCUGACCACCGGCGACCAUGAUGACCGCGUCGUUCCCCUACGCACCCUCAAGCUGGUGGCGACGCUGCAGCACACGCUGGCAGGUGACCUCAACCCCUCCCAGCGCAACCCCUUGCUGACGCGUGUGGAGGUGAGGGCUGGGCACGGCGCCGGCAAGCCCACCGCCAAGGUCAUCGCCGAGGUGUCUGACAUGCUGGCCUUUGCAGCCGGCGUAGUCGGCGCGCCCUGGGUGCACGGCAGCGCCUGA